CCAGGUUGGAAUACCUUCCUUUAGGAGAGUUAGUGGCUAGGUGGCCAGUGACCGAGAGAGGCCCUUCUCUCUCUUUUCUUUUUAAGGCUAGUUUCUCGUGGCCGUCGGGAAAGGAUCCGACUCUGCCAAAAUGAGGUUCAACAGGAAAAAAGACAUUAAGGAUAAGAUCCGGCAAUUGCAAGCCAUAAUUCACCUCCAAGAGGAAGGGAAAAAACUUUUUGCCCAGACCACGAAGGAGACGGUCAGUAAGAAUAAGGACCUGAUUGGCUUUAUGCGUGGGAAUGUACGGCAAGGGAUGCACGAAUUGACGCUUGCGAUGAAGUAUGACCAUGUGACCAUCAACCGAGCCUGCCGCGAGCAGAAACAUAUUAAAAUCGCGAUGUCCGAAUAUUCUGUUCAGGAAGCCCGAGCAAGUCUAAGCAACUACGUCUUCGAUCGGAUGAAUAUGCACAACGCCUUGCUGUAUGAAGUCAGGCGCAGAGGCAAACUCCUGGAAGACCAGCAGCUCCGGCUCCAGCACCUGACGGACUUGGAGACUCCCAGUCCAAAGGCCUUGAUCCAGCUCCAGAUUAUCCGUCAGCUGGAGAAUAACAUCGAGAAGGUCUUGAUGAGCAUCACCACGGCUCAGAAGACCUACGUCCUGUACCUGAAGAUGGUCGACCUGCUGAGAGAUGAACUGGCUCAACUCCCUUUAAUCCUGGACGACUUGGAGCACUGGGUCCAGGUUUACCAAUUUGAACUGAAGGGAAUGCACCUCAUGACGGCAGAUGGGGUGGAAGCUAUGGAGACGGCCAAGACGGAUAUGAUUAACAUAGAAACUGAGUUAAUUGCUGAGAAAAAGUUCCGGGACAACUCGCUGAGUAUCGAGAGGAAACAGAUAGAACGGAUCCACAUGAAGGAAGCCACUGAGAGAAACAGAAGGAUGCAAGCCCGUCGAGAUAUGAUGGAUUUCCCCAUGAUGAGCCGUGAUCUGAAUAGAGGUGCCAGGCUGGAGGCCUCCAAGGCCCAGCUCGAGUACCAGGGUCUGGUGAUCACUGAAGUGGACAAGAUCAAGUGUGCAGUGCAGUGUUCCCAUCUCUGGGAUAUUGCUGGGAGGUUCACAGCUCAGAAAAAGUCAGAGGAGAACCUCCUUCAGCAGAUAGCAGAAAGCGAGAAGAAGCGCAAGGAACUGAAGGCGCAGCUGAAAGCACUGGAGUUGGAGCGGGCGGAACUGAAAUUCCACCAAAAGCCAAGCUCCAUCAGUUCUUGGAAACUGGAGGAGGAUCUGAGGAACCUCUUGAUAGAGGAAGAGCACCGACUGCAGAAAGUUGAGUCCCAGGUGUCCAAGAACCAGGAGCUUCUCCUCCAUUUCGAAAACGGGCUUGACAACCUCAUCUUGAGGCUAUGUGGCAUCACUGUUCCUGGCCAGGAGGAGUUCCGAGGGGAAAUUGGCGACAUGUUUGACAAGCUGCAGUUUGUGGAAACCAAGUUGAUGCACCUGCUCAAAAUGAUGCAGAAUCUGCCCACUUUUGAUUUCAGCAAAGAAGAAACCAACGAGACUUUUGUGUACGUCAGAAAUUUCCUUGAGGAAAGUACCAGAGAAGAACCCCAGAACCUGAGGAUUGAGUUUGAUUUAGAUGAAGAGGAUGUCAGAGAGGCCUUCAACUUCGCCGACAUUGACCACAGCUACGUGCCCAACCGGGACGAGAUCAAGAAGCAAGGCUUCAAACUCAUCGAAGACAAGACAAAGGUCACGAAGAAAAAGCAGAGGGGGACUUCUAAGAAGUGAUUCUGUUUCCCACCUCCCAGGCUCUUUGUAUUUCUUAUUUCAAAUUAAUAAAAGCAUUUAUCUGUUCUCUUUCAGUUACUCAGGGAGCUGAAACUA